UUAGUUACACUAUGAAGUGAAUUAGACGCAUUAAAUUAAAUAACAAUCAAGACACGGUUCAGUUUUAAUAUAUAUACCGGCUCACCAAUUAGUACCACUGUCAUCCACGAGUCUCCAUUCUAUAGUGACAUCGCCAAGUGACAAAAUCAAAUAUGUGGGCAAUUCUUGUUCUUGCCUUGUUAGCCUCCAUGGCCUGUCUACACGAGGUCAGAUCAUUCUACCACGGACCUCCACACCACUCUGAAGGACAUGACGAUGACUCAUCAUCGAAGCAUUUAAAGCACCAUGGUCAUGAACACCACUCUGAAGGACAUGACGAUGACUCAUCAUCGAAGCAUUUAAACCACCAUGGUCAUGAACACCACUCUGAAGGACAUGACGAUGACUCAUCAUCGAAGGAUUUAAACCACCAUGGUCAUGAACACCACUCUGAAGGACAUGACGAUGACUCAUCAUCGAAGCAUUUAAACCACCAUGGUCAUGAACACCACUCUGAAGGACAUGACGAUGACUCAUCGCAUUUAAACCACCAUGGUCAUGAACACCACUCUGAAGGACAUGACGAUGACUCAUCAUCGAAGCAUUUAAACCACCAUGGUCAUGAACACCACUCUGAAGGACAUGACGAUGACUCAUCAUCGAAGCAUUUAAACCACCAUGGUCAUGAACACCACUCUGAAGGACAUGACGAUGACUCAUCAUCGAAGCAUUUAAACCACCAUGGUCAUGAACACCACUCUGAAGGACAUGACGAUGACUCAUCAUCAAAGCAUUUAAACCACCAUGGUCAUGAACACCACUCUGAAGGACAUGGCGAUGACUCAUCAUCGAAGCAUUUAAACCACCAUGGUCAUGAACACCACUCUGAAGGACAUGACGAUGACUCAUCAUCGAAGCAUUUAAACCACCAUGGUCAUGAACACCACUCUGAAGGACAUGACGAUGACUCAUCAUCGAAGCAUUUAAACCAUCAUGGUCAUGAACACCACUCUGAAGGACAUGACGAUGACUCAUCAUCGAAGCAUUUAAACCAUCAUGGUCAUGAACACCACUCUGAAGGACAUGACGAUGACUCAUCAUCGAAGCAUUUAAACCAUCAUGGUCAUGAACACCACUCUGAAGGACAUGGCGAUGACUCAUCAUCGAAGCAUUUAAACCACCAUGGUCAUGAACACCACUCUGAAGGACAUGGCGAUGACUCAUCAUCGAAGCAUUUAAACCACCAUGGUCAUGAACACCACUCUGAAGGACAUGACGAUGACUCAUCAUCGAAGCAUUUAAACCACCAUGGUCAUGAACACCACUCUGAAGGACAUGGCGAUGACUCAUCAUCGAAGCAUUUAAACCACCAUGGUCAUGAACACCACUCUGAAGGACAUGACGAUGACUCAUCAUCAAAGCAUUUAAACCACCAUGGUCAUGAACACCACUCUGAAGGACAUGGCGAUGACUCAUCAUCGAAGCAUUUAAACCACCAUGGUCAUGAACACCACUCUGAAGGACAUGACGAUGACUCAUCAUCGAAGCAUUUAAACCACCAUGGUCAUGAACACCACUCUGAAGGACAUGACGAUGACUCAUCAUCGAAGCAUUUAAACCAUCAUGGUCAUGAACACCACUCUGAAGGACAUGACGAUGACUCAUCAUCGAAGCAUUUAAACCAUCAUGGUCAUGAACACCACUCUGAAGGACAUGACGAUGACUCAUCAUCGAAGCAUUUAAACCAUCAUGGUCAUGAACACCACUCUGAAGGACAUGGCGAUGACUCAUCAUCGAAGCAUUUAAACCACCAUGGUCAUGAACACCACUCUGUAGGACAUGGCGAUGACUCAUCAUCGAAGCAUUUUAAGCACCAUGGUAAGUGAAAGCAGAACACCAUCAUCAUCAUGGCCGUUACUAGUCGUCUGUUCAACUAAGUUGAAAUAUUCUCCAAUGUAAUAUUUCGGUUGUCAGAAUAAAAUUAACUUCUAAGUA